AAGCCGAAAGAAAUCGACGGAAGAGUAUCACUUAGCUGUCUGUUAUUUCCAGAGCUAAAUCAACUUUCAGCAUUUCCCAACCAUGGCUUCUUUCAAGCUUAUUGUUCUUCUCAGCGUAUUAGCUUUGGCAAGCGCUUACUCUCAAAUGCCUGGCACUACCAUGACGACUGUCACUACCACCACUACCACCGUCACGGCUGAUGAGGAUAGCCAAGGCCUGCUAAACUCUUUUGACCGCAGUAUUAUCCGCAAGACCUGGGACCAGGCCAAGAGAGAUGGUGACGUCGCUCCUCAGGUUCUCUUCCGUUUCAUCAAGGCCCACCCCGAAUACCAGCAAAAGUUCUCCAAGUUCGCCGGAGUUCCUCAAUCGGAGCUGUUGACCAACGGCAACUUCUUGGCCCAGGCUUACACCAUUUUGGCCGGUUUGAACGUCGUCAUCCAAUCCCUGUCCAGCCAGGAACUGUUGACCGCUCAACUCAACCUUCUGGGAGGUGCCCAUCAACCCCGUGGAGUUACCCCUGCCAUGUUCGAGGAAUUCGGUGUGAUCAUUGAGCAAGUUCUUGAAGAGGAACUGGGAGGAUCCUUCAAUGCUGAGGCCAGACAGGCCUGGAAGAACGGAAUCACCGCUAUGGUCGCUGGCGUCUCCAAGACCCUCAAGAACCCCGAAGAUUUGGCUGAUCCCCAGACUAAAUUGUCCCGUCAUCAGAUCCGUGAUGUCCAAAGGAGCUGGGAAAGUAUGAAAAGCGGCCGCAAUGCCUUGAUCUCCGCCAUCUUCAUCAAGCUCUUCAAGGAGACUCCCCGCGUCCAGAAACAUUUCGCCAAGUUUGCCAAUGUUCCAGUCGACUCUCUGAGAGGCAACGGCGAUUACAACCAACAAGUGGCUCUGGUCGCCGACCGCCUGGACACCAUCAUUUCCGCUAUGGAUGACAAAUUGCAGCUUUUGGGCAACAUCAACUACAUGAAAUACACCCACGCUAAGCGCUCCAUUCCCCGCAGCACUUGGGAGGACUUUGCUCGCCUGCUCGGAGAAGUUCUCACUUCCAAGGGCGUUUCCGCUUCCGAUAUGGAAUCGUGGAAAGGUGUGACUGCCGUCUUUGUCAACGGAAUCGCUCCCAAGAAUUAAAUUUAUUGCGACAUUUUUCAUCGCACUUGAUUUAAAAAUUGGAAAAUUGGUUUUCAAUUGGUUUGUAGGAUAGGAUGAGGGUGAAAUACAACCAGUUCUGAUUAUAUAA